UCCUAGGACACAUGGAACAACCAUGGCAAGUGGUUAGCUUGGAUUUCUUCUCCGGGUUACCAACUACCACUAGUGGUCAUGACGCAAUCCUCGUCGUCAUCAACAAAUUCUCCAAAGUGGGACACUUCAUCCCGACACACACGACAGCACGCACCAAAGCAACAGCACAACUAUUCGUUUGCUACAUCAUCUCACAGCAUGGCAUUCCAACCACACUCAUCUCUGACCGAGACCCCAAGUUCACCCGCAAGUUUUGGAAGGAACUAGUGUCUCUGCUUGGGACCAAACUCGCCAUGUCAUCCGCCUACCAUCCGCAGACAGAUGGACAGAUCGAGCGCCUCAACCAAAUUGUAAAGCAGUCGAGUCCGUGCUAGCACACCGCCGUUGUCGGAAU